AUAACGCCGUACAAAGUGGGGGCAUCGAGUCCUGGAUAUAAGGAUAUAAGGAAUAUCGCAACGCAUUGGCAAUCAAUUGCGAAUUUUCUACUAUCCUGACAAACUUUCCGUGUGUCAAUCGAGUCUUGAGAUAUGGGUCUUCUUGCAUUAGGAACACCACUCGAGUGGCCGGAAGCCAAACAGAAUGCACAAAUAGUCAGGGAAUGGGGCAUACAGCAACUACUAGCGAUAUGGAACCGAGCGAAAGGGAAGGAGCGAGAUGCCCUACUAUGGGGUGACGAGGUCGAAUAUUUGGUUGUGAACUACAAGGAUGAUGAUGAGAAAGUAACCUUGUCCUUGAGACAGGCAGAUAUCCUGACCGCGUUAGCCCAAGAUGAGGAAUUGCGUACGAAUGGAGGAUGCGUACCAGCAUUACAAGACGUCACUAAUACCAAGGGUAGCGCAUUACCGGUUUUCCAUCCUGAAUUCGGACGGUUUAUGCUUGAAGCUACACCUGGGAGACCUUGGGGGAUUGGGUUCAAGGACUUAUUAGACGUCGAACCUAACAUGAAGUGGAGGCGUAAGCUUGCUAAAGAGCACAUGAAUGCUGAAGAGUAUCCAAUUACUUUGACGACCUAUCCUCGAUUAGGAUCACCCGGCGUAUUCACGUCCCCUUUCUUCCCACCUUCUGGAGAGAAAUUACGGUCACAAUUUGUUCCUGAUGAGAUUGCUAAUCCACACAUUCGAUUUCCUACUUUGGCAGCCAACAUUCGUGCAAGAAGAGGCCAGAAAGUUCAGGUAAACGUACCAGUAUUCAGAGAUGAGAACACUUCAUGGCCUUGGAAGGAUCCGACUGUCAAUUACGACAUGCACAAUUGGCCAGAGGACGAUGACGUUCGGAAUGGUGCUGCUCCUGACAAUUUUAUUCAUAUGGACGCAAUGGCCUUUGGCAUGGGCAGCUGUUGUUUACAAAUUACCUUUCAAGCCAAAAAUAUCACAGAAGGGAGACGAAUGUAUGAUCAAUUAAGUCCUCUGGCUCCAAUUCUCCUCGCCUUAACUGCAGCAACUCCAAUCUACAAAGGCUUCUUAGCCGACACGGAUGUUCGAUGGAAUCAGAUCAGUCGGGCUGUAGACGAUCGAACUCCAGAAGAGUUAGGAGAGAAGCCCCUUUUACAUGAUCGAUGGCGCAUACCUAAGUCACGCUAUGCCUCUAAUUCUACGUAUAUUUCGGAAGAUUCGAGGUUACGCAAAGAGUACUUGGACCCAGAUCUUGUAACCGAUCCCGAAGUCAAACAAGAGCUGAUGAAUGGAGGCAUGGAUGACCGAUUGGCUACUCACUUUGCCCAUCUUUUUAUUCGUGAUCCGAUUGUCAUCUUUGCUGAAGAUUUGAAAGAACUUGACCUAUCCAAGACGGAUCAUUUUGAGAACCUUCAGUCAACUAAUUGGCAACAUAUGCGUUUUAAGCCGCCGCCAACAGGAAACGACAUUGGUUGGAGAGUAGAAUUUAGGCCAAUGGAAAUUCAGAUCACUGAUUUCGAAAAUGCUGCCUUUUCAGUAUUCAUUGUACUCAUCACGCGAGCUAUCCUCUCCUUCGACCUCAAUUUUUAUAUACCUAUCACUAAAGUAAGUGAAAAUAUGGAAACGGCACAUGCACGAGAUGCAGUCUUGGAAGAGAAGUUUUACUUUCGAAAGAAUCCAUUUCCAACUCGUGCGCCGCGACCAUAUUCCUCGAAUGGUGGGGCGUCUGGUAGAGCAUCGGGUACCAACACUCCGCUUAAUAUUUCAAGGCCACCUACACCAUCCGGCCCCGUGGAAGAUGAAUACGCCCCUAUGUCUAUCGACGAAAUUAUGAACGGCAGCAAGAGUGAUUCAGAAAAUAACUUCCCAGGCUUAAUACCAUUGGUCGAAUCAUAUCUCGACAGUGUCAAUAUUGAUGUACAGACCAGGUGUGAGCUAGCCUCUUAUUUGGAUUUGAUCAGAAAAAGGGCAGACGGAAGAUUGUGGACAGCAGCGAAAUGGAUAAGAAAUUUUGUUGCGGGUCAUGAGGAUUACAAGAAGGAUAGUGUCGUAAACGAAAAGAUCAACCAUGACCUGAUAAAGACAGUCAUUGAAUUAGGAGAAGAAUGCACAAAGGGCGUCCAAAAUGUGGAGAAAUUUUUGGGCCGGGAGAGAUGUGGAGGCUGCUGA